AUGGCUAUUGCACUUGAUCAGCAAUUUAAAUUAGUAAAAAAAGGAAUUAUAGAAGAAAAAGUUCCUGUUUUGCAUUCAUCUGGUACGGAACAACAUUAUUUUGUAACAUAUACACCAUUACCAACAGAUAUAGAAGAUGGAUCAGCUAUUGAGCAAUGGAUUGAACGAAUGACGUUUAUAUGUGAUGAUUUAACAUGGUUAUUACAACAAAAUCAUACGAAAUUUUGGUGUGAAGUUGCUUUUAAUAAAGAUUUUCAUUCAAUGUUUGAUUCGUACUUAAGAUAUGCACCACGACCACAACGAACUAUUACACCAAAUACUUAUUCAUUUGUUCCAAAUGGCAAACAAUUAGAAGAGAAUGUAUCACGUUUAAUGUUUAUGUGUAUUCUUCGAUUGUCUACUUAUAAAGAAUCAUCCGAAAAUUUCUUCACACCACAAGGAUUUGGUCAAGUUAUUUAUGAUAAUUAUAUAUUUGAUAUACCACGUUUAUUUGAUAUAUGUUCAUUAUAUGCAAUCAAUAAUAAAGAAUUAUUAAGUAAAAUGAUAGGAAAUAUAUUUAAACAACAAGAAGCAUAUCAUAAUGAUCUGACAAAUGCUAUUGUAUCAAUUAAAGAUGUAAUUACAAAUCGAAUUCAAAUAUUUUAUACUCCAUCUGGUCCAAAAAAACUUCAUAAUACAACAACAACAACAACAAAAUCAUCUGAAGUUGAAGAAAUAGUUGAUUUACUUUAUUAUAUUCUUGAUUUAAGUUGUACAAUAAAUCGUUUAUUUUCUGUUUAUCCUCAAGCACGAAUUAUAUUUUUCAAUGAACAAUUUCAUUUAACGCAAAUUAAACAAUCAAAUGAUAUUGAUAAUUAUAAUGAUGUAUUUGAAGAAACAAAAUAUGAAACAAUACAUUUAUUUAAUGAUUUAUUAACAUCAUGUUGUAUUGAUCCAUUACUUAUAAAUGAAAAGAAAACUGAAAAUGUUGAAUCAUUAAUUGAUAUAUUUUCACAAUUAAUAACAGAAAAACGAUUUUUAUCAGCCUAUGAAGAUUAUUUUAAUCUUUGUGAAAUUCUUGAUAUUGUUCAUCAAACAACUGAACUUUUAGAUGAAGAUCAAGUGAAACAUUAUACAGAUGCUGUUAAAGAAGCAAUUGAACUUUAUGGAACUCCAUCGUGUAAACAGAAACUAAAAUCUCCAUCAGCAGGAACGACAACAGCAUCUGCCUCUGGUAAUACUUCAAUAAAAAAAUCAACAAAUCCAGAUGUUCAUAUGAUUCAAGAUCUAUUUCCUCACUUAGAUGAAGCAUAUAUUGAAGUAAGUUUGAUAGAAAAUAAAAUGUGA